AUGGCAGGCACAAGGAAUUAUGACUUCCUAAUAAAACUUCUUCUCAUCGGUGACUCGGGCGUCGGAAAGUCCUGCUGCCUGUUACGUUUCAGCGAAGACAGCUUCACACCGAGUUUCAUCACCACCAUCGGGAUAGAUUUCAAGAUCCGGACUAUUGACCUGGAUGGCAAGCGAGUGAAACUGCAGAUAUGGGAUACGGCCGGCCAGGAACGUUUCCGAACAAUUACUACCGCUUAUUACCGUGGCGCAAUGGGAAUCCUGCUCGUUUAUGAUGUUACGGAUGAGAAGAGCUUUAACAACAUAAGAACAUGGUUCUCCAAUGUUGAACAGCAUGCUAGCGAAGGCGUCAACAAGAUCUUGAUUGGCAAUAAAUGCGACUGGGAAGAGAAGCGCGCUGUCUCCACGGAGCAGGGGCAAGCCCUAGCCGAUGAACUAGGUAUUCCUUUCCUCGAAGUCUCUGCCAAAUCAAACAUCAACAUCGAAAAGGCCUUUUACUCGUUAGCCGGUGACAUCAAGAAGCGUCUAAUCGAUAGUUCGAAAGAUACUGGUGCCGCAGGUGGUGCGGGUGCAGGCCCCGGGGGAGUCAACGUUGCUCAGAACCAAGCUGGGGGCGGUGUUGGUGGGAAGUGCUGUUAA